GAGACAGUUCACCAGUAGUGUCUCUCACGCUAUGCUCCUUAGACCCAGUUAACAACAUCGGAAUGAUGCCGUUCAAUAAAUCCAAUCGUACAAAAAUACACUCGAUUACGUACCGUUUCUCCGAAUUUCCGUCUUUGGAGGAAACCUUUUAAAUUGCCGCCGACGGGAGACUAUACGCAUUUAUUUACUACAGUCCGACGAAUACAAACAAAACCAUAUUUGGAAAGAUAGAUGAAAGAAAUUUUGCCAGUCAAAAAUUUGGGACGAUGGAACGCAUGCCGGUGGGGAGCUUCUCGCCUCGAGCUGUAAUACCUGGCUAAAACCCGGUAACAACUCUUAUGGACUGGUCCAAUAUUUCGGACACUGUUAAAAGUCUCUCAGUACUCCUGAGACGGAAGAUGGAGAGUCCGACAAGAUCCAACAGAAAUCCAGAGCCCGCCGAGCCGAGUCCCACGUACUCUUUACCAUCUCAGCCGUCGCCGAGAGCGCAGCAGCCGCUGAACAAGAGGGAAUCGGCGCGAAUUCAACUCGACGGAGCGACUUACACGAUAGUGGCUAGCUCAUCCGAACAUCCGGCUAAAGACGAGACGUCAACACAUUCAUCUAUACCAAGGAGUAAUGGGCAGGUGAACAAAUCUGGACCGUUGACUAUUGUAAGAAGGGGCGGCAACAGGAAAACGGGGGAAAAACACGAGACGGAGCGCAUCCCGAUCAACUCGGAUGACGACUUGCUGGAACGACUCGACCACGAUCCUGAUCUCGCCAUCACCUACGAUUCACCUGAUGCUUGUGAAAAUGCUGCUUUACGCUUGCGGGGACUGUUGGGACAGAUACAAAAAGGUGAAAUUUCAGCGGAAACUCUCCAAAAACACAUCCUCUUCGCUGCCAAAGUUUUAGAGGCGAUUUUUAUCGAUGAGAACAAGGGCCGAGGUGCAAAUCAAGGCAACGAUGAGCCCGAAGAGGAGAAGAGGUGUUCAAAGGAGGCAGAGGACAAACAGUUGGCGCCCAAACUGCACACCCACCAGCGUCGUCUGAGAGCUCCGGUUUGGGCCUCAAGGAGGCAGGCGGAAGAAGACGACGAGUUGUCAGAAGUACAACCGGACGCAGUGCCUCCAGAAGUGAGAGAAUGGUUGGCUUCGACGUUUACACGCCAACUGGGCACGACAAAACGAAAAAGCGACGAAAAGCCCAAAUUCAAAUCUGUGGCCCAUGCGAUCAGGGCGGGAAUUUUCGUCGACAGGAUCUACCGUCGCGUAAACACGGCUGCGAUGAUGCAGUUUCCACCGGAAGUGGUCAAGGUGCUCAAGACAUUAGAUGAAUGGUCUUUUGACGUUUUUGCCCUUCACGAUUCUUCCGGGGGACAGCCGAUCAAGUUCUUAUCGUACGAUUUAUUGAAUCGUUAUGGAAUCAUGCACAAAUUCAAAAUUGUUCCAGCCAGUUUGGAAAAUUUCCUGUUGAAAAUCGAAGAAGGUUAUGGGAAAUUCAAGAAUCCUUACCAUAACAACCUUCAUGCUGCAGACGUCACACAAACCGUCCAUUACAUGUUAUGCAAAACUGGCCUCAUGAACUGGCUCACUGAUCUCGAGAUAUUCGCAACUUUAUUUGCCGCUUUGAUCCACGACUUCGAGCACACGGGGACGACGAACAAUUUCCACGUUAUGUCCGGUUCAGAAACCGCUCUACUCUAUAAUGACAGGGCCGUUUUGGAAAAUCACCAUAUAAGCUCUUCUUUCAGGGUCCUAAAGGAAGACGAUUGUAAUAUACUGCAAAAUUUGUCGAGAGAGGAAUACAGAGAGUUUCGGACUUUAGUCAUUGAUAUGGUCUUGGCUACAGACAUGAGCUUUCAUUUUCAACAGUUGAAAACGAUGAAAAAUCUCAUCACCCUCGCUGAUGCCACAAUCGAAAAAUCGAAAGCGUUAUCAUUGGUGCUACAUUGCUGUGACAUAUCACAUCCCGCAAAACGUUGGGAACUCCAUCAAAGAUGGACAACACAGCUUUUGGAAGAGUUUUUCAGACAAGGGGACAAAGAGAGAGAGCUGAACCUGCCGUUCAGUCCGCUCUGUGAUAGAAACAACAUUAUGGUCGCCGAAUCCCAAAUCGGCUUUAUUGACUUUAUUGUCGACCCGAGUAUGGCAGUCUGCAGUGAUAUGUUGGAGGUUAUCCUAGCUCCAGAAAAACCAAACCCAAAAAAAGAAUUAGAAACCGAGACUGAACCAUUCGUCCUGACUAAGCCGUGGCUUGCGUGUUUAGCAGACAACAAACGACAUUGGCGAGACAAAGCCGUUCAUGAAGCAGCACAAAACGAGAAAAAAGAAUCGGACCAAAAGUUGGACAGCUAAACGCCCAAUCGAAUCGAGGUUCUCUGAUGUAAAAUCAAACGUAGUUACAACUUUAAAAAAAAUGAAGAAGCUUUGAAGCUUUGUAUCGAAAUCAUUAGAUUGUUCCCCAAUAUUCUUCACUUAUACAAAUAAUCAAAAUAUUAUUGCAUAAUAGAAAUGUAUAUGCUAACAUAUGCACAAAACACGGAAAACACGAUUGGCAGCAAUCGGAAGUAAUAUUUCUCUGUAAAUUUAUAUAAAUUUUGUUGUCCGCUGUUUGUGGUAUAUUCUAUGUAAUUACCUUACCUUUAACACAGUACUAACAGAGAAAAAAACACUAGCAAUACCUGAAAGCAUAUUCCCGACUCGUUUGUAUUAACACAAAAAAUCCUAAAAUUCUGUAUAUACUAUUUUAAUGUACAUAUUGUAGCUACGAUUUUUAGUCGGCCAAAUAUUAUGCUGUAUAUAUUGCAAAUACUAUUUUAAAAAGGUAUGCAGGUUAAUAUUAAAUAUAAAUAGCGAAAAUGUUAAACGUUGACCAAAUAGAUGAGAACAAAGCUUGUCUCUUAAACUCUAUGUACUGCUCUGAAUUUAUAGGGUUUAUCGAUUUCUUGUUAUUGUACAUAAAAAUGCAUAAAACAGGGUAUCUUAUUAUGAGUUAUUCAUUAGUAAGCAUAUAUAUUUUGGCCAUAACGGUACAGGGGUAAGGUUCUCAAUAUGUUGCUUGUUUCAAAUCCCUGUUAAAUGCAUAUACAUAUAUAUUUAUAUUUUUAUGCUAAAAUAUCUCAUACCAUACGGAUAUAAUUUUUGCUGUAUUGUUUUCUUAUUUAUAUACAAUCAAAUUAUAAAAAAGUUAAUAGAAAUAUGUUUACAUCCAAAAUCCUGCAUUAUUUUAUUAGUUGAUACUAUCUUUUACAAUGUUUUGUUAAGGAAUGCAAAAGGCAAAUAUAAAUCUUUAUAGUAAGACAGACCUAUUAGGCCUUUUCGAUUCCAUGGGACCUACAAGUCGUUUUCAUUGAUAUAUUGUAAUACUGAUUUAAAAUUUAGUUAUUACAGUUGAUGCAAUCAUAAAAAAUAUUUAAAAGAGAUUCUGGAGUGUUUAAAAAUGAUGGCGUCAAUUGUAGCCAAAGAGUUAGAUUAGAUUCUGUCAAGUGAUCCUAUAGUUUUUCAUACAUCUAUCCGAACUGUAUACUAAAAUAAAGUUUAUUGCAAGGUUG